CGAACUACACAUUUGGCACCAAGGAAACGCAACCAGAAGAAGACCCGUCGGUACUGGCCCGUCUAAAGCGCCUCGAGGAACACUACGAUCAAUAUGGUAUGAGACGGACAUGUGAGGGUGUUCUUGUGUGUCAUGAGCAUAAUCAUCCGCAUGUGUUGAUGUUGCAGAUUGCGAAUGCGUUUUUUAAGCUACCAGGGGACUACCUGCACUACGAAGACGACGAAGUCGACGGAUUCAAGAAACGGCUAAACGAGCGUCUUGCACCGGUCGGAUCGCAGUUCUCUGGCGAGGGCGUCAAUGAGGAUUGGGAGAUUGGCGAUACGCUUGCGCAGUGGUGGAGGCCGAACUUUGAGACAUUUAUGUAUCCGUUCUUGCCGGGACAUGUGACGAGGCCUAAGGAGUGCAAGAAGUUGUAUUUCAUUCAGUUGCCAAAGAAGAAGGUCCUCUCCGUCCCCAAGAACAUGAAACUCCUCGCCGUGCCCCUGUUCGAGCUGUACGACAACACGGGCCGAUACGGUCCCCAGCUCUCCGCCAUCCCGCACUUACUCUCCCGGUACAACUUCGAAUUCGUCGAUGAGAAUGAUAACGUCGUUGCUGCUACCCCGGGGACACCGUUGCCCGAGGGUCAAAUCCCGAAGACCAAGGUGCUUGCGUGGGAUGGCCAGGAUGAGGGAAUGGCCGAUUAUACCGAGGGGAAUGGUGGGGUAGACAUUCAGAGUUAAGAUAGCACAUGAAGAGUCAGGUUAUCCGGGUAGUAAGGAUUUACUCCGGGGUCGGAGACGGAUGUUUGUCCUCUGCAGGAACUAAUAUCGGGGUUUAGGUGCAUCGCUUGAUCGUCGGUUGGUGUUCUAGGAGCGCUUCUUUCUCUUUUAUUUCGUUUUAUGAUCAGGUUUUUAAUUCAUGAUUUUGACAUGUACUCUGUAUAUCAACUGUCUACCAAGAUUCCCGG